AUGACUAGUUAUUUGCUAAGUUUUAUCGGGUGGACUUUUCUGCCGCAAAUAGUGACAAACUGGCUUCAAAGCCUCUAUUACGGAUUAACUUAUCGCGCAGGAGCUAAUGUACCCAAACCGGGACAGCCAAAAUAUGCAAGACACUACAAACGAAUAUAUAUAUUAGUUGUGCUCGCGUACCUCUUGUACACAAUUAUCGAGGUUGAUCUGUCGUUACAACCAAACUAUUACAAGAUUCUUGAGCUUCGAUAUCAUCCUGAUAAGAAUCCUACUAAUGAAGCAGAGGCCACAUAUAUAUUAAUACGUACAGCGUAUGAUACGCUUAAUGAUCCGGUGAAGAGGUUCGCAUACGACAGAUUUGGACCUGAUAUAAAUAGAUGGGAUAAUGCUAAAGCAAUUCGAGACUAUUUAAAUCAUGGAUGGACUUCUUAUGUAGAAUUCUAUCUUGGCACCGGUCUCUUUCUUCUAAUCCUGAAUAUAUUGGGUAAAGGACAAUUUGGACGGUUCUGGCGAUUUGUAACAUUCUUUGGGAUGGCAUGCAUCGAAGCAAAAAUGAUACUUUACCCCAGUCCUCCACUUUUCCCUUCACUUUUCCUACCACACCGCCCAAUCAUAUUUGAACAAAUAAUAAUCCUCCGGCAAGUGUUCAUUACCACAUUUAUCGGGCUAUCGCAGGUCGGCCCAGUGAUAUCGUCCGACUCGUCACCGGCUAUUCGCGAUUCGUUGCAUCGAUUACAGGUGUUGAGUAAUAUCACGACAGAAGAGUCUAAUAAUCAACUUCGAUUUGGAUUUGAACCGUUUUCGCGUGAUCAACACGCGCAAUUAGAAUUGAAAAGAAAAAUGGAAAAGUUGGCAGUUGAUGACUUUUUGUCUUCGGAUCCUAAUUAUAUGCAAAUGUAUAGCCAAGUUCAUCAACGAAUUAUUACUAGUCGACGAAAAAAUGCUUGA